AUGAAUGAUCCAAGUACUCUAUUGGAACAGACCGUAUCAGAUAUAUCAAAUUUAGAAGAGGAAUUUAAAUUCAUUUUAAAUGAACUUCGAUACAAAGAUAAAGAAAUAUUAGCUUUAAGAAACAACAUAGAAAGCAAAGACCUUGUUCUACAAAAGCAUGUUAAACAAAAAGAUAAUAAUUCAACAACAGGAAUGGCUGUAUCCUCACCACAUCCAAAUGAACUACAGUUAAAUAAAGAAAUAGAAGAAGAAUAUAAAAGAUGUCUAAAAUUACAGGAACGGAAAAAUAUAUUAUCCAAUACAUUGCUGUACUUGGUAUCCGAACAUUUAUCCACUUUACAAAAAGGUAUGGAAAUAUUAUCUUCUGAUGGAUUAUUAGCAGAACCAGAAUUCUCUAUUAAAGAAGAAGAAGAAAAAGAACUGGCAGCAACUGCUUUGCUAGCAAAGCGCAAUGGUGUGAUGGACACAGAAGAUGAGAUGGAUAGUCGUUAUCGUCAAAAUUUAUUAAAUGGUAGAAGUAAUAGUGGCAAAGCGUAUUCAGACUAUUCGGAUUACGACGAAACUGAUAUCACAACUAGUCGGAAAAGGGGCUCAUUGAAGAAACAAGUGAAAGGGGAUAGGAAAAAGCACAAGAAAAACACGUCCACUUCAUUAAUGAGUCAACAACAAAGGCCGUCUGGCACUUCUUCGCUGGCAAAAAAGAUUAAAAGUAAUGGGAAUGCAACAACGCUGUUACUGGAUGAUGCUCUAUUUGCUGGUGGAUCGGGAACAACAGGAAUAAAUGGGCGUGAUGAGGAAGAUGAUGAUAAGAAAUUGUAUUGCUUUUGCCAAAACGUUUCCUAUGGUGAGAUGGUUGCCUGCGACGGUGAGCAUUGUAAAUAUGAAUGGUUUCAUUAUGGGUGCGUAAAUUUGACUGAACCUCCAAAGGGGAAAUGGUAUUGUCCCGAGUGCAAACAAGAAGCUUUGAAUAAAAAGAGAAAAUCUUGA